AUGCACCUGUCCGCCUGGGACCAUCCAAAUCCGCCACACUAUUUCGAGCUCGAUGGUUCGUUGAACCCAAAAAUUGGAUUUUGGCGCGAAAAUGUGUGUCGAGCCGUGCCGCCGCACAGCUCCGACUUCAUUCCAUCCGCUCAUUCCUAUUCCAUUUUCGUGUCCCUGACAAUGCCGGUGCCGAUCGUGUGCGAGAAUAUGACGCUGGAACGCAUUCGCGGAAUCUAUCCCAACAUGAAGCACAAGCAGAUGGUGCGUCUCGAGUUGAUCAUCCAGAUGAUGAAGGUGGCGAUGUUCUCGAAGAAGGACGAGACGCUCGACGCCAACUGCAUCAAGGCGUUGAGUCGCGGAAGCGAUUUGAAGGAGUUCAUGCGCGAGUUUCCGUGCUGCUCGAAUUUCGAGAUCAAAGUCCACGUGGCGAUCGACAUCGCCAGACGAUUCAAGGCGAUCGAGGAGGGCGUCGGCGCGCUGUACACCGAGCAGCGUUGGGAGAAGCGCGUCGAGUUGCUGGUCGACAUUUUCGGCGAGUACAAAACGAUCAACGUGUUCGACGUGGUGCCGACGAGAAUGGCGAACAAUUGGCGUCGCCGCGCGAUGUGCUGUCGCACCAGCCGCCAUUUUCGCUAA